CUUAUUGUAUUAUGUAUUGAAUGUUAGUUGGAAAAUUAGUCUAUUUUGGAUUAAUUUUUGAUAACCAUGUAUUCAGAUUGUGAACGAGAAAAUUAAAUAUUCAUAAAGUAUAUAUUACAAAAGCAAAACAAAAUUUGGAGAUCCAAAAUAUAUUUAAAUAUAACUUCAAAUUUAUAAUAAUAAUAGUAUAGAAAAUUGCAUGGCUAUUGGCCCAGACAAAAGCUAGUAUGUAUAUGUAUCAAAAAAUGAAAAAUUCAUACGUAGAAAAUAUUUGUGUUGCUGGUGACGGAUCCCCUUCCGGUGGCCCUGCGGGAUCUUCACAACCUGCGAAUUGUGGAGAGAGGAGGGACGACGACAGCGGAGAAGGCGGCGUGUGUGGUGACGAAUUGGAAGCAUGUUGCGGAUAGGCACGGCGGCGGAAGGAGGUGGCGGCUGGGGAGAGUGGAGAGGAGAAGGAAGGAAGAAGUCGAGAGGAUGGUGGAAGCAAUGGACAGAGAAAGGAGGUGAAAUUUGGGAGCGGUGGUUAUGGCUAGAGAACAACCUUACUGCAACAGGAACUCGUUCAUGGUCGUCGUCGGCGACAAGUCGCAGGCUUGGUUAGACUUCGGAGUCACCGGCGGCGGCUCGGCGGUGUAUUGGUUCAGAGAAGUUAAAAGAUUUACGUUACUAUUGUUUUUUAUUAAUUUAGCAUUUACUUAGUUUUUUGGUAAUAGUAUUUACUUUUUUGUCAUUUAGUAUUUUCUUAGUUUAGGAAAGUUGAAAGGUUUUCGUGGUUUCUUAAUUAAUUACAAUUUUCCACCUUUUGGAAUGGCGUAACUGCUCCAGGUAAGUAACUCAAACAGACUCCUCAGUUUCUUUUUUUACAUUAUUGCAAUUUAGUCAUUUUUUUAUUUUCUUUAUCUUUUUAAUUAACCGCUAUGCUUGUCUUUCAUUAUUUAUUAGUAAUUUUUAUUUAUUUUCUUUUGAUACUUACCCUCCCUUUUAUUCAUUUUAUUUGUCAAUUUCGACCAUUUUGUUUUUUUUGUUUUUCUUUAACUAUUCUUAAAAAAAUAAAAAUAAUUUUUUUUAAUUUGACAUAGUUUUGGUUUCGGUGUAUCCGACUAAGCCUUAUGGCUUGUUUAAGUUCAUUUGGUGGAGCUUAGUUGCCUUCAGUGGGGACGCUUGUGUGUGUGUGUGUGUUUUUUUUUUUGUAGAGGCACGCAGAAGAGCUCCCGUUAUCGGUGGGACUUCCUCAUACAGGUGACUUGGCUCAUGAUCAGGAUGAAACUAUCUUGCAGGAUGCUCAGAGCUCGGCUUUCUCUGUAGUUGGGUUUCUUACUGUUUUGUUCUCCGCUGUCUCAAUAGGGCUGUCCAUCUUGUGGCAUAAAAGGUCCUCUCAUCGGGAGUUCGACUAUUGGUCGACUCCUGUGCUCUUUUUAUUUUCUUUGUAUGUCUGAUUUUAUAACAACUGACUUUGCGGGGGAAAAAAUUGUGUUGCUGGCAAUAGGCAUGGUGUAUGAGCAAUUAGGCAACUCCCUCGAAUGAAUCCUUCCUUGUUCGAUAAGCCAAGGGCACAAUCAAACCACCACUUCCCCCCCUCGGCCGACCCCUUUCCUCAUUUCCUUCCCCUUAUAUUAUUAUUGUCGUCUUAUCUCCUCCAUUUCAACAAACAAACAAGCUAACCAAACAACCACAUUUUUUUUCUUGCUUUUCAGAAUUACAACAUCAUUCCUAUCUCAUCGCUAAUCCACCUGCGACACCCAAUUUUAUUUUUCACAAUUUAAAAAUACAAAAAAAGAAAUUGUAAAAAAAAAACCUGGUUUCCCUCUAAUUCCUCACCUCCUUUCAAUUCAAACCUAGCCAACAAAAAUCCCAACAAAAAACUCCAAACCGCCUUCCUCCCAGCGGCCGGCCGCCAUGAACGAUCGUGCCAAUCACAAUGAGACCGUUGUCCCCAUCCUUGAUCUCGACGAUCUCAUCGUGAUCUCUCCGGUCGGCCGUGGGGCAAAAGGCGUCGCAUUUCUAGUAAGGAAUCAUCCUUUCGGCGAGUCAUGGGCUCUCAAAGUUAUCCUCCGUGAUUUAGUAAAGAGGAAGAACCCCGCUGUCACCAACGCCAAGGAUGGGAGCGAAUACAAGCGGAUCUGGUUGGAGCAACGAGUCCUCAGCCGCUUCAAGCACCCCCUUCUGCCUCGGCUCCAUGGCAUUCUAAGCACGGACAAGAUUAUUGCGUACGCCAUUGAUUAUUGCCCAGGCCGCGACCUUAACCAGCUGCGCAAGAAACAGACAGAGAAUAUCUUCUCACAAGGCAUUAUCAGAUUUUAUGCGGCAGAAUUGGUUUUGGCAUUGGAAUACCUCCACAACUCCGGCAUUGCCUAUAGAGACUUGAAGCCGGAGAACAUUUUGAUUCAAGAGAACGGCCACAUUAUGCUCGUCGACUUCGACCUCUCGACCGAGCUCCCUCCUCCUCCAACUCCUCCUCGUAAAUCUAAGACGACGAAGCUCCCCGCCAUUGCGGCGAGGUCCAACUCAUCCACCCAACGGAAACGAGCAUUAAGUUUACAGCUCUUCUACAAGUGCUCUUCGGGGAUUAUGUUGGAGGAAUUUAGCGACGACUCUGGAAAUCGAUGUCUUCCGUCGGAGUGUCGUCAACACUCAAUGUCGCUAUCAGGGAAAUCAAAUUCAUUCGUCGGGACAGAGGAAUACGUGGCGCCGGAGGUCAUCCAAGGGUACGGCCACGAUUUUGCGGUGGAUUGGUGGUCUCUAGGGGUGGUGAUGUAUGAGAUGUUGUACAGACGAACUCCAUUCCGGGGGACAAACCGGAAGGACACAUUCUACCGAAUCUUGACCCAGCCGCCAGAGCUUGUCGGAGAACCAAAUCCGCUAAGGGACUUGAUCGGGAAGCUUUUGGUGAAGGAUCCAAGGGAGAGGAUCACGGUGGAGGAAAUCAAGAGUCACGAGUUCUUCAAAGGACUGGAUUGGGAUUCAGUGGUGGAAGUAUCGCGGCCUCCGUACAUACCACCAAGUGUAUGGGGCGACAAGAAGGAGGGCAAUUUUUUUAAUAAGAGCAUUGACGUGGAGUCUUUUGUCGAGAGAGUAUUUAGCGUCAAUGGCGGCAGAGAAAUGCAGAAGGAGGAAUUGGUUAAAGUAGGUGACGGCAAUGGUGAGCAAGAAAAGAAUCGCGGAGGAGAAGUAGAAGAAGAAGGAGAAAAUAAAAGGGAAAACCCACCUCCACGUCAUGAUGCUCAGAAUUUUGUCGUUUUCUGAUAUUUCUCAGACGUCUAAAAAAAUUUCAUUGUACAUAUCAGUGAAUUAUUAUUAUUAUAUAUUUUUUGUUGACGCUUGGAGAACUUUUCUCUCUCUUCGUUUCUUUCUUGACGUGCUUGAUGUUUUUUUUUUGUUUUGCAAAUGACAAUUAUUACCAACGAGGCCUCCCCAAGUACCGUUAGUAAUAAGCGCACCUGAGCAUCUUUGUUGAUAAUGAACCCAGACAAUAAGCUAAAAUAUUAUGAGCUAUAAAUCAUAAAUGGUUUGUUGCAUAUCCCUAACAAGGUAAUCGACGAUGGGGAAAGCAUUGGGUCAAUUUCUUGAUCAAUUGGCAUCUCUUUCUUCAAUUCAUUUCUUACAAAAAUGGAUUUUGGGGCAAGAUAAAAUAAUAAGGCUUUUGUGUCUUG